AUGCUGAAAGCUCGUCGAACAUCCCCUAAAAGAAAAAAAGGUCGCUUUGAAGUCGACGCGACGCGAACUCACGUGUUGAAACUGUCGAAAUCGAAGAAAAAACUCGGGCAGCUGAACGACGUUAAGCGGUUCCUGGGUCCUCUCCACGAGCAAAUCAACCUCGUGGAGCGAUGGGCCUUCGACCACUUAACGACGCGUCGGCGUCGUCGCCGCGGCUCCUCGAAUUUCACCGGCGUCAUCUCCAGCCGAAGUGGCACUUUCCACGUACUCAGCUGUCGGCAGUACGUCUUGCUGUUUGUCUUGGCACUUUUGUUGUUAAUCGCUGGUGAAAUAUGGGCCAGGGAAGUGGUCGUGCCGAGAGUACCGCCGGAACCAUUUCAAGCGGCACUUAUGGCUCGGUACAUCAUACAUAACACAGGAUGGGUUUCUAUUGCAACAAUUUCAACGCAAGAAGCGAUCAAGGGGUACCCGUUUGUAAGUUUGAAAUCUCUUAGCGAUGGUACUAGCCAAAAUUCGACAGGUGUACCUUAUUUGUACAUGACGGAAAUGGAUGUGUCUGGUAAAGACAUCCAAAGCAACAACAACGUCUCUAUAAUGGCUACGCUAGCUGAAACUGACUAUUGUGAGAGUAAAAAUUUCGAUCCUCAAGAUCCAAGAUGUGCUAAAGUACUAAUAUCGGGGAAAUUAAUUAAAAUCGAAAAAUCCACUCCAGAAUACAAUUUCGGAAUGCAAGCCCUUUUUGAUAAGCAUCCAUCAAUGAAGGAUUGGCCUAAGGAUCAUAAAUUUUACCUGGCCAAAGUAGAACUUGAGCAAAUCGAAGUUCUAGAUUUCUUUGGUGGAUUAAAACACGUAACGAACAAAGACUAUUUCAGCGCCAACAUUACAGAACUGAUAAACUUGGAUAUGCAAUUCAAAGAUGUUUCGAUUAUUGAAAUCGAGAAUUUUUGACAACAAUAAAAUAUCAAAAGCGUUUAUUCUUAAAAUUACAAAUAUUUAAUAAGUAUAAGUCUUAUAUAAAAUGAAUAAAUAAAGUAUUAAUUAUUGUGUAAUCAAUAUAAUUAGUCGUUUAUGUUAAAAUUGGAAUGAAAUCUGGCUUUACCCAGCUAAAUUUUCCAAGUUUGUUUGUAAACAAUGCAUCAAAGAAUGCCGUGAAUUUUCAAUAACAAAAUUGCUGGUAACAUAAACGAUAAUACAUUGGCUUAUUUGAAACUCAGGCAACUCCUCAGCGAAGCUAUCGAUCCUCCUGCUACCUUAAAAGCCAAACCCCCGGUAACAAUUAAAAUUACGUACAAAGGUAUUAUACACCCCCAGCUACUAACGUAACUAUUUAAUAAAGUUAAAUACGAGGCUAAUAAGUGCGAACAAACAACGAAACCCGCAUGAACCCAAUUUCUGUUAUCACAAGCGUCGAAGAAUAUCACACUCCAGAAAGUAUUCAAUAAAAUGAAGCAUAAACUGAGGCAGGAACUGAUGAGGAAGAACAUCUCGUUUCCGGACUUGAGUCCCAUCGUUCCGGGUCCUAUCGAGUCCGCCAAAAUGUUCACUACAGCGAACGCUCCGCUCAUUAUUCCGAAUCCCAAUCCGCUCACGUAGGCCAGAAUGUGCUUGUUCUCGAUCAGCGCUGUGCUGUUGUCCGUUAUCUUCUUCAAACCGUUCUGGGCUUUCCUCAGUAUCUUGUAGAUAAUGUACCUGAAGGCUUCUUGAAACACGACGGUGUAAAAUAUCGCGAACUCCAAGUUGGACCGAAUGGGCACCAGGGCGAACCAAAGCGUCGAAGACAGCAGCAGGGCCACCAGCCAAAAGAAGGCCGCAGCCAUCAGAAUGAUUAUUCUUAUUGGAUCGUGGGCGAUGGUGAAGAUGAACAUCGCGAAAGGGGGCCCGAAGGCCAAGAAUGUGCAACCGAAAAAGUCCGCUAGCGUCAUUUUAUCACCCGCAUUUGUUUCAAACUUAAAUUAGAAAUGUAUUUAUUUGUUUUUCAAAGUAAUUGUUAAUGGUGAAAUUGACA